ACAGAAAGGAGAGCCUGCCCAGUCUCCUCAGACUUAAGCAAGCAAGUCUGUAGACAUGUCUGCGGAAAAGAUGACAAAGUAGAAGAGAACUUUCAAAGGGCCCUAGAACUUAAGAAGAUGGUCAACAGGUGGCGAACUUCACAUAUUCACUGUGUGUGGCAGAUGACAUUGAGCCAGAGGAGAAACCCAUACACCAUCUUAAGGAUGCAGGAUGCCAUGGUAAAGGAAUUGGCACUGGCCAACAAACAACUACUGAUGGUUCGUCAAGCUGCCCUGCAUCAGCUAUUUGAAAAGGAGCAUCAGCAGUACCAGCAAGAACUAAAUCAGAUGGGCAAAGCUUUUUAUGUGGAGAGACUCUGACAGCCUCCGAAACACUGCUCUUCCAUUCUUGCCAUGCCUGCUAACGUAGCCUUGUUGAGCCUCUGAUUUCCUUCCCAAUCAGACUGAGCCUGGAACUUAAGACAAUGUCCCCUUUUUAAUCUCUUCACUUUGUCAAUACCCUGCUUCCAAUUGGAAAACAACCUAUGAAAAUAUGGUGAAAACAAGAGUGACGCCUUGUGGUCAUAGUAUGAUCUGCAGUGUUGACGUAAGCUGGGAGAGAAUGUAGACAAUGUGAGUUGAAAAUUCUGAUUUGCUUUAACAAAUAAAGCUACAUCUUAAA